CGGCCGCUCCUGGUAAUACAUCGGCUGCAGACAGCCAGUCAGACUCAGUAUACAAUAAUUACUGCUGCUGCUGCUGCGUCCUCCUUUGUGCACCGGAGCGGAGCUGAUCUCCUGCAGUCGUAGCGUGUCCGGCAGUGACCUGCAGCACCCCGGUGUCAGAGAGGACACUAUGGCCCACCCAGCAUUGCUGCAGCUGCUGAACACCCGGCUGCCUGAGCCCCUCACCCCACCUCCCUGUGCCCGCUGAUUGGCGUGAACAGAUGGAGCUCCUUGCAAGGACCGGAGGAGGCAGCCGGACGGACACAGCCCGAGCAGCAGAACCUCACUGUAGUGCUUCCCCCAUCUGCGCUGCGGGCCAUGCUGUCCAGGAAGGGACUUAUCCCCGAGGAGUAUGUGCUCACCACCCGCCUGGCAGAGGACCUCAAUGAGCCUAGGUACAUAGCCAAGGAGAGGAGAGCCAGGUUCGUGGCCAAGAAUGGGACCUGCAAUGUGGCCCACAAGAAUAUCAGGGAGCAGGGGCGCUUCCUAUUGGACGUCUUCACCACUGUGGUGGACCUCAAGUGGCACUACACCCUCCUCAUCUUCACUAUGUCCUUCCUCUGCACCUGGCUACUCUUUGGUAUGAUCUGGUGGCUUAUUGCCUUUGCCCAUGGGGACCUGGACGACAAUGAAGAGGGCUUUGUGCCAUGUGUGACCAGUGUCCAGUCCUUCACAGCAGCCUUCCUCUUCUCCAUUGAGGUCCAAGUGACCAUUGGGUUUGGUGGGAGAAUGAUCACAGAGGAGUGCCCCACUGCAAUCCUAAUCCUCAUCAUCCAAAACAUUGUGGGACUGGUCAAUAACGCCAUCAUGCUGGGCUGUAUCUUCAUGAAGACCGCCCAGGCCCACCGCAGGGCAGAGACCCUGAUCUUUAGUAAAUAUGCUGUGAUCGCUCUCAGGAAUGGCAAGCUCUGCUUCAUGUUCAGGGUUGGCGACUUGAGGAAGAGCAUGAUCAUCAGCGCCACCAUCCACAUGCAGGUGGUGAGGAAGUCCAGCAGCCAGGAAGGAGAGGUCCUACCGCUCAAUCAAAUAGACAUCCAAAUGGAGAACCCUAUAAGCACCAAUGGGAUAUUCCUGGUCUCCCCGCUCAUCAUAUGUCACACCAUCAAUAAGGACAGUCCGCUGUAUGACAUUACUGCUGCUGACCUCACCCACCACGAAGAUCUGGAGAUCGUUGUCAUCCUGGAAGGUGUUGUGGAGACCACAGGUAUUACCACUCAAGCAAGGACUUCAUACUUGGCGGAUGAGAUCCUCUGGGGGAAAAGGUUUGUCCCCGUCAUAGCAGAAGAAGAUGGUAGGUACUCAGUGGACUACUCCAAGUUUGGGAAUACAGUCAAUGUGGCCACGCCUAAGUGUUCGGCCAGGCAGCUGGAGGAGGACAGGAGCAACCUAGGCACAAUUUCCUUUUCUCCCAAGAGCACAAUCCGAAAACGAAACGCAUCGGUUAAGGUAAAGCCAAAGUUCACAUUGUUUGAGGAGGAACCCACCUGACCUUGGACUAAAUUGACCUAAUCAGACACGUUUAAUGUACCCUAGAGGUUCCUGUGGAAUAUUCUAUGCAGUAACGAUCACUCCUCUCAGGGGAUGAAGAUGAUCAGACAUUCUAUGGGUGACCAGCCUGUUCUUAAUCUCAUCUUUUUAUAUAUUUAGAUGGUUUUCAGUAUAAAGAUUAUUCAACUGCACUUGGUUCUUUUUCAUGUUUAUUACUCUAUUGCUCAUCUCACUCAUUACUUUCAGAGACUGCUCCAGAUCAGUGACCAGACAAAUAUAGAAUUGUGACUGAUGUCCUAAGAAUCCUUUGCUAGGAAUCUCCCUGCAAUAAGACGUAGCACCUGGCAUGUUCCAUAAUUCUGCUACUAAUAAACCGUGGCCUUGGUAAACCCA